AUGAGAAGAUUUAUACCUACCCAUAUGUUGAUCAAUAUCCACUUGAAGGCUCUAACGCUGAGCAACACCUACUUCACAGCAGCUUCCCAUGUAGAGGAAAACGAGAAGCUCCAGAUCUCUAAUGCUGUGAAGGGUAAGGUGGUGACUCGCUUCCCUCCAGAGGCUAGCGGGUUCCUGCAUAUCGGCCACGCGAAGGCUGCGCUUCUUAACCGCAUGCUGGCGGAUAUGUACGAGGGAAAGAUGCUCUUCCGUUUCGAUGAUACGAACCCGUCGAAGGAAAAGGAGCACUUUGAAGCGGCCAUCGAGGAGGACCUCAACACUCUGGGUGUGCCGUACGAUGUUGGACCAACAUAUUCAUCGGAUUAUUUUGAUCUGAUGUUCGCAAAGGCGGAGGACAUGAUCAAGCGUGGCUUGGCGUACUGUGAUCAGACACCGCGGGAGGAGAUGCAGAAGUGCCGCUUCGACGGUAUUCCGACAAAGUACCGUGAUGCGUCUGUGGAGGAGAACAUGCGCCUGUGGAAUGAGAUGAAGAAGGGAACCGAGGAAGGCCAGAUCACGUGCCUGCGUGCCAAGAUUUCUAUUGACGACCCCAACAAGGCGAUGCGGGACCCUGUCAUGUACCGUGUGAAUCUCACUCCACACUCUCGUCACGGGACGAAACAGGUGGCAUACCCGACUUAUGACUUCUGCUGUCCUCUCGUGGACUCGGUCGAGGGUGUAACCCACGCUCUUCGCACGAAUGAGUAUCAUGAUCGCAAUGCCCAGUACUACUGGUUCUGUGACGCUAUGGGAAUCCGAAAGCCGACUAUUGAAGACUUCUCGCGGCUGAAUAUGGAGUACUCAGUGAUGUCAAAGCGAAAGCUGACGAAACUGGUCGACACACACGUGGUGGACGGGUGGGAUGACCCGCGGCUCCCGACGGUGCGCGCGCUGGUGCGCCGCGGUAUGAAGAUUGAGGCGCUUCGCCAGUUUGUAUCGGAGCAAGGCAUGUCCAAGAGCGUGAACUUCAUGGAGUGGUCGAAGAUCUGGUACUUUAAUACGCAGAUUCUCGACCCCACAAGCCCCCGCUACACGGUUGUGUCGAACACGCUGAAGGUUCGCUGCACUGUGGAGGGGCAGAAGCACAUGGAGGCUGAAAGAAAGCUGCUUCACAAGAAGAACCCCAGCAUGGGCGAGAAGACGUACUACAAGUCAGAUGUUAUCUUUCUGGACGCUGAGGACGUGGCGCUCAUCAAGGACGGCGACGAGGUGACGCUGAUGGACUGGGGCAAUGCGUACGUCAAGGACAUAAAGCGUCCGAGCGCCGAUGCUUUGCCUACUGAGGCCACGAUCAUUUUACACCCAGAGGGCGAUGUCAAGAAGACGAAGUUCAAGUUCACAUGGGUGCCCGAGAGCGACAAGGCCUUGGUUUUCACUUUGAACGAAUACGAUCAUCUCUUGACGAAGAAGAAACCGGACCCAGAGGAGGAUAUUGAUGACAUCAUUGCAUCUACCUCCUGCUACUCACAGAAGGUCAUUGGCGAAGAGGCGCUUUCGGUUGUGAAGAAGGGUGACAUUGUCCAGUUGGAGCGCCGCGGCUACUACAUCGUCGACGACGACCAGGCAGAGAGGGUACUAAUCGCGAUUCCGGAUGGCCGUGACAAGGUGAACCACCUUUCCGCCAAGGCGCAGUACCUGAAGACAGUGCCGAAGAAAGCGUCCGCUGCUGACGAGCUGGCGGCUAAGCGCGCAGCCAAGGCAGCGAAGAAGGCAGCGCAGAAGGCAGCGGCGAAGAACAGCUAG